GAAAACCCAAUUCUCUGAUCACUCCACGAACGAAGACCUACCAUAAGUGGUCUUGAAAAGGAUGGAUGCCUGAUGAACUCUGUACCCCCCAUUGUUUUCUUGCUUGUUCUUGAGUAGUGAUGAGAGAAGGCCAUGUCUUGUAGGCAUUCUAUAAGGAAAUCACCCACUUCCUUUUUUAGGCCGAAGAAGAGCUCUGCUCCUGUGAGCUCGGGAAAACAGUGGGGGGAGAUAUCAGGCCUGAUUUCCUUCUCGGCUCUGGUGCUCCAGCUUUUGCUCAGGGUUCAGGGAAGAGGGGACAACCUAUGUCUGUGCUUUUGGUGACUGUUGAGUGAGAUCAUCACUUUUUAUCUACUGUUUGAAGAUAGAAGCAGUCGUUUUCUCUUUCCUGUUUUAUGUUUAAUCUCCAAAGACAGAAGCAGCCAUUUUCUCUGUUGUUUGAAGAUAGAAGCAGUCAUUUUCACUUUUAAUCUGUCGUCUUCGGGUGCAUCCUGUUGGUGACGAAAGACGUUCAAAGACAUGAUGAGGAUUCAGUGGAUUGAUUCUAAGUAGGGCUGGGUUGACAAGUCAAAGGGUCCUUACUGCAGACCGAAGUGGCAUCUGAACUUCAACGUAAUAAUUUUCGCAUAUCAAGCGGUCCAUCGGUAGCUUCUUGAGACUGCAAUUCAGCAGCUUGCACCGCAAUGGAGAAUGAUGUUUUCAAUGGCUCACUACCAAUAUUUAAUCAUGGUCAUAUGAUUGUUGAUCCAGUAUCAUCAUACAUGCUCUCAGGUCCUCUUGUACAGUCAGGCUUACCAGAUCACAACAGCAACAGGCAAAUAUUGGCUGGAAAUCCGAUGGUUUCUACGUUGCAAGAAGAAGCAAUUGAUAGUAUCUACUUGACAAAAAGUGGUGUUAUGGCAUGUAGUGACGUUUCAUUUUCUAGAAAUAUUCCUCGGAUCGGCAACGAUUCAGUGAAUGGUCCCAUCGGAAAUGUUGGCCUGCGUGAGCAUCUCCCAGAAACUUCCCUAUCGGCCGCUUCGGUUGCUAACCUGUACUCUUCCACCAAUUAUUUGGUGGAAAAUAUCAUCAAGGUUGGUACUGCUUCCACUUUAGAUUUGCCAUCCGAGGAGAUGACCGUUCCUGCUUCCACUGACAUCCACAAUAGCCACAAUUCUUCACUUUCAGCAUCACCACACUGUAAUUUUGGGACACAACAUGAUCUCAGUCUUCUUGCGCCCAAAAAUGGCACUAUUGGUUGUAUGUGGAAUCAGAACGAAUUGCUCGACCAUCAGGUGCUUUUAAGUAAAACAUUUAGUGUGGUUCGCCCAUCUUAUCAUGUGACAGGAAGCUCACAGCCUGGUUGGAAUUUUUAUGAAUAUGAAUCAAAUUGGAACUUCAACCAUCCAUGUGGUAAUACUGCUCGAGCUCCAGGUAGCGAGCUGUCCCUAAGUCUUGGCUCCUGCCAGCCCUCUGUCACGGACAUGGGGAAUAAUGGUGAUCAAUGUUCUGAAUUAAGCUGCUCUGCUGUAACUCAAGUUGCAUCAGCUGACAGUGUUCGCCCACCUACUGAAUUUCAAGCUUGCAAUCAUGCUAUCCAAAACCCCGUUCAAGAUUUUCGUUCGGGAAUGACGCAAAGAGAAACUAUUCCUUGUACUGAGAAGCCUUCUUUUUACCAAGGUUGUAGUCUUGUUCAGUUAUCCCAUAUGCUGUUAGGAUCAAAAUAUCUCCAAGCAGUCGAAGAAGUUCUUUCUGAAAUUGCAACCUAUGCAGUAGAAGAUCUUCAAAGGGUAGAUGAUUCGCCAGAUGAGAAGAUGUCUAUUUCUUCAAGCUGCUCCACCGUAAGAGAGCUUCCAAUAUCUGUUUCAGGAGAACUGCUGCUUUCAUUUGGGGACACUGAACCCCUUGCCGGUAUGGAUUCCCAAAAGUUCCAGGAAGCCAAUAGGAAGAAAACUGAGCUGCUAUCAAUGCUUCAGUUGGUUGAUCACGGUUACAAUCGCUGCUUAGACCAGAUCCAGAAUGUGAUAACAUCCUUCAUUUGCAUAUCCCAGUCCGGCACCUCCGAAACCCAUGCUCGCUUUGCGUUGCGUACCAUUUCGGCCCUCUAUAAAAGCCUGAGAAAGAGGAUUACCAGUCAGAUUCUUUUCAUUUCUCAGCAACCAAGCACGGAACCCAUGAAGGAAAAAGAGAGGAGCUUUGAAUCUUCAUUACUGCAGAAGCAAUGGGCUUUGCAGCAGCUAAGAAAGAGCGAUCAUCAAUCUUGGAGACCCCAAAGGGGUUUGCCUGAGAAAUCAGUCUCCGUUCUACGGGCAUGGAUGUUCGAGAACUUUCUGCACCCGUACCCGAAAGACAACGAUAAGCAUGUGCUCGCGGUAAAAAGUGGUUUGACCAGGAGCCAGGUUUCCAAUUGGUUCAUAAAUGCUCGCGUUCGACUUUGGAAACCGAUGAUAGAGGAAAUGUAUGCCGAGCUUAAUAAAAAGCAAUGAGACGCGACGGAGGAUCGGAUGGUGAAAGCUGAAGCCACAGAGAUCUUGCCAGCCAGAGAGGUUCCAUGCCGGUUAAAUGAACGACUCAUGCCGGGCGACCGAGAGGUCAUGUUUUGAUUAGUAUCUCGUGAAGAUUAUGUAUAAGGAUGUUGCAAUAUUUAAUUUGGUCAGCAGGACAUCAAUCCUUUGGGUGGAAAUGCAAGGGUCCAAAAUAAAUCGAGUUGCAGAAAACGUGAAACGACAGCUUCUGCAGCAA